AUGAAGGCUUACUGGUAUGACAAUGUUCCGGGCGACCAGCGCGAGCCCCAUGACUCCGGCCGCGCCGUGUCGGAGGAUAAGCUUGCUUCGCUAGGCGUGCUCUAUGUCCAUUGCCCGACUAUCGAGGCUGUGGAUACCAUUGCGGCAGACCGCGGAUACCGGAAUCGCGACCAGGUGUGUGUUUCGCCAGCCACCAUGGGAGAUAUCUACGAGGAGAAGGUCAAGUCUUUCUUCACUGAGCACUUGCACGAGGACGAAGAGAUUCGGUACAUCCUCGAUGGCGAGGGAUACUUCGAUGUGCGCGGACAGGAGGACGAGUGGAUUCGUAUCAGCCUUGUCAAGGACGAUAUGAUCAUUCUGCCUGCCGGCAUCUACCACCGCUUCACCACAAAUGCGCAGAAUUACGUCAAGGCCAUGCGUCUCUUCCAGGACGAGCCUAAGUGGACACCACUGAACCGGGGUGCAGAUGUUGAUGUCAACCAGCACCGAAAGAACUACCUGGAUACUAUCGUUAGCCCUGCUCCUGCUACCGCAGUUUAG